AUGAUUUUAAAGUGUAAUCAAACAAUAUUCAAAUACACAACUUGAUUUAAAGGUCGAGAAGCAUCAGUAUUUCGUGUUUUAUGAUCUAUUUAUCGCCUUAUCCACGUUUUUUUUUAUAAAAUGCGUUUUUUUUGUGUUUGCACCGCAGUUGAAAUGUACACAGUAAUUUGUAUUUUAACCUUUAUCGAAUUAUCUCAUUAUAUGCAAGGUGGUAAUAGGUAACUGAAAUGUUGUAAUUGGUUUGUGGUUGCAUUAAACAACUUAGAAAUGGGAAGAUUCAAUCGUCAAAUCCAGUGGGACGUCACACGAUCAAUUUCCAUAGCGAACGUGUUUUAUUUUCUCUUUGCUGGAGGCAAAGCUUGUUUGUUUCCAUUUCUGACUCUUUAUUUUCGCCACCUCGGACUUUCUGCCACACAGGUUGGAAUUGUUUUCGCUGCAAAAUACCUAACUUGGUAUCUAGCUUCUCCAGUAUGGAUUGCUAUGGCUAAACGGUUGGACAAGAUCAAAAUAAUUCUCUGCACUACACUGUUGUUUGCAGUUGCAAGUAAUCUCACUAUUACAGUGAUACCUCCAGCUGAUAAUGAGAUGUUUAAUAGUCUGUGCGUUGAUCAAGAACUUGUGAUUUUCCCUGGAAAUUCUUCUAUAGCAAACACAAUGUUGGAUGCAAAUAUCAACACAACAACAACCACAAUUCCAAUUUCUCCGACCACUACCACCUUAAAUACAAACCCAAGUGUUGAUACCAGCACCAGUACAACCACAUCAACCAAGCCAAAAACUACAACCACAACUGCCCCGCCACCUAUGUCUCCUUAUAAAAUGGCCGUCCAACUUUACCCAAGAAUGCAGUCAUUGGACAUAAAGGAAGUGACGAUAAACCUUCUUCAUUCUUUCAAUGAGACGAAGGAUUGGCCGAGUUGGAAACUAGGAGUGUUAAGAAACAAAUUAUUAAAGAUGUUGAAUUCAACUAAGUCUUCAAAUUCAGACGAGAAACAGACACUACCCAAUGUAGCGGUUACAACCACACUUGUUAUUGAUGGUGAACCCAUCAUUCCUACUGUAGCAUCACAAUUAACAACAACAACAGAAGGAAAAUCAACAACAACAGAAAAAGGAACAACAACCACUAAAGAAAAAACAACAACAACAAGAACUGAAUCAGAGUUUUCGCCAUCAAGCAAGGGAGGCAGUCCCUUACACGAAAUUGCAGGUCGUCUGGUACAGAAAUUGUUGCCACGGUUUCUGCAAUUAAGGUCUGAAAACUCGUGGCUGACAGUUCAUCAGUUUAUGGAAGGACAACCAAAAACCAGAGAGUUGUCCCCUCAAGUAAAACAGCUGCUGGAAAGAGCAUUACAAAAUGCAUUAGAUAAAUAUGAAGAUAAUUCUCGAAGCAAAAGAAGUAUUUUGUCCAAUGAGACAACAAUAAGUGCUGAUGAAGUUAAGCAAAAUGAGGAGAAUGAAACAUUAUUUGGAAUUGCAUCCAUAUCUGCUCACUCUGUGUUAAAGGUUGUGAAACAGCAAGUUACAUCAAACGUGGCUACUUUUAUAACUCUACUUAUUGUUGUGGCUGUUGGUGAAUUGCUGUCUGCACCAAUUGAACCGCUGAGUGACCAAACUUUGUAUGAAUUACUUGAUGAACUCGAUACUUUGGAUAAAUAUGGUAAACAUAAAACAGCAGCACUGCUUGGAACUCUUGUAUGCGGAAUACUUGUAUCUGUUGCUGUAUAUACAUCCCCAUGCCUUAUCAAUGGUUCAAUAACCAGAUUCCAUAUCCAUUUUUACUCGUUUGCGAUAUUUGUUGGUUUGUCCUUUGUUGUUGCCCCCUUUUACCCAUCGUAUACCCAGCAAAGGCAAUCUUACGCAUCAGAAAGUUGUUCAAAAUGUGGCAUCUGUCCUUCAUUUUGUGGAACCUGCCUUUCCAGUUGCAGACACUUGCUUCUGUUGAUCACUGUGUUUCUGGUGGGAAUAACACAGGGUGGAGUGCAAGACUUUAUGUUCUGGUGUGUGGAAGACAUGCCCGGUUCAUCAGAAUUAGUGUUUGGGGCGUUUAUUUCAGUUAAUGCAUUGGCAGCAAUCUUAGCAAACUGGAUCGGCCGUAAAGUUGUUAAAACGCUCAAAUCUUUCGCACUUGGACCACUAUCUCUCUACUGCAUAGCGGUGCAACUGCUUCUCUACUCGUACAUAAACAAUCCUUGGUUCAUCAUCCCGCUACAGUUCUUUAGUAUAUUUGGUCAAGCCUUCAUGUGGACAGUGAUCAGUUAUCAGACCAACCUAAUGGUGUCUUCAUCAUGGAGAGGAAGGAGCAAGAGAAACGAAGAAGUUCAUUUUUUUGCUCGCUCUUCACACCAGAGAGCACAACAAAUGACUUACACAAGAACAUACUAUGGCUUUGCUUAUGCAUUGGGUACACUGAUUUUUGGAGUCUCAUAUGAUGUGUCAAAUGGAAGCCUUGCACCUUGUUUACGGGUGUCGUCUUUGCUCAUCGCAUUGUGGGCGUGUAUCUUCCUUGUCUUACAAUGUUGCUGCCAACCUCGAAAAACGAAGAAAUAUUCGAACCUUCUCGCAGAUAGUGAUGAGGAUGAUGUGUAUGAUGCAAACAAAGAUCGAAAUUCAUCAGGGUUUUCUAAAAGAAAAGGGUCUGGAAGUUACGUGAAAAAUAACGGAAGUGUUGAUGGGAGGAGGAAGAAGAGAAGAAGAGCUCGGAGGACUCAUGGUGACACAACUACAUCCUCGGAGGAUGAAGCAAAUGAGGAGAGAGAUUGGUUAAGUGCUGCAAUGAAGAAAGACUCUCGGAUGUUGUAAGGAUAAGAAAGAAAAACUUAAUAAGUGCUUAAUAGAUAAAAAUAUAGUUAAUGUCACAUAGCAUGACAAUUCUCUUUGCAUUUUAUAUCUCGUAUUCUUAUACUUUACAGUCUGGUGAAGCAACACUGCAGUAUCUUUAGUUUUUUGAAGCUAAAUAUUCUUCAAUUUUACGACAAGUUGCAUAGGUUUUAUAUCAAAUGUUUUGUACAUAUGGAGUUUUGCACAGAUCAAGAUUUUUUGUUGCUCAUAGAGACAUUUAAUAUUGUGUUUGUUCUAUUUAAAUGGCGAAUUAUUAUAACGGUGGCAGUAUCAAUACUGAAAGAUAACUGUGUUCCAAUUUUCUUCAUUUUUGUGCUCCCUUUAAAAUCAUCCUUUCCUAAUUCUUCACUUUAAAUGUAUUUGGAUAUGCCUGAAUGCAUACUGUCUAAGUUUUGAGACAUUUAUGAUAUUUUGUUCGCACUUUAAUUAGUAAGGUGCUUUGAAAGCAUGUUCCAAUAAUGUCUUUGUUAUUUGACCAACAGUGUCUACCUGUGUCUGUGCAAUUCAAUAGUUGGUGUAACUUAUGCAAAAUUUGUAGAAGUUAUUAAUUUUUUGUUAAUUCUAAACUUAAUAUCUGUAUUUAAUCGUAAAACAGUAUAGUAGUGAAACCAUGUCAUUUGCUAAUUUAAGAUUGUAUUCAAAAAUGGGGUCUUUUUUAUAUGAAACUUCUCAAUAAAUGAAUUGAACAGAAUG